UGUCCGAACCACCCUUAUUUCGCGGUUUCAACAACGACAUUUAAAUUAUAGGCUUAGAAUUCGAUACAACAUUAUUAGUUUAGUGCUGUUGACAUUUGUCGAUAGUAUAUUUUCUUUAUGGAUUUAGUAAAGGAAUCAAUAAUUUAAAAAAAACAAAUUUAAUCUUGUACUACAUGCAUAGAAAUUAUACAAUAAUUACAAUUACGGAGUUAUACAACAGGUAUUCAAAGGCCACUCCGGAAGAUAGAUUUAAAUACAUUUGCCCUGAACAUCUUUUAGCAAAUAAAUAUUUUCACGUGUUCUACUUUCAUUGGCGGGACUUUUUAGAUAACAUUACUAACAAUGUUUAUGCUUUAAGCCAGGAUGUCAUCUAGUUUUGUUAUUCUUCGAUGUACACGUUACAUAGAACACGAUGUAUUGAAACGUUUUAGAAGUUCUUUUUCACAUUACCCUAAUUUUAAUAGUCUGUAAUUUUAAUGCCUUGAAAAACCCUACGUGACAGACUCAUAAUAAAUUAAAGCUUCGACGACUAAAAUCUUUUUUAAAAAUAGAAAAAUUCUGGUUUAUUUAAACACGAGGGCUGAAGGUUUAGGGCAGAAGGGUAUUUAAAUGAAGACAAAUAGAUUCUAAUCCCAUUUCGUUUGAGUUUCAUCGUGAUCAUGUUCUUCAAGCGAUUUAUUAAAUCUAUAGAAGACCCUAAGAAGCCACUUUUGGGUCCAAACUAUUGGCUUCUGAAGAGAAGUGGUUUUAUUUUACCAUCAAGUACUAAAGCUAAACUUGCCUAUAUUUUUAUACAUGAAUUAGUUACUGCAUUUGUUCUGACUCAGUAUAUAGAGCUUUAUAUCGUGAGAUCCAACUUUGAUUCCGUAUCAACGAAUCUAAAGAUAUCUGUACUAAGCAUUGUCUGUAUUAUAAAAUCCAACGCUUUUAUUUUAUUUCAAAAUAAAUGGAAGGAAGUCAUUGAUUACGUAACGGAAGCUGAUAUUUGGGAGAGAAAUACGCGGGAUGCUGUCAGAGGCAAGAUUAUAAGCAACUACACGGUUUAUUGUCGCAAUUUGCUCAAUUUCUACUGGUCUUUGGUGAUCACAACUGAAGUAACUGUAUGUGGAACACCUUUGCUGAAGUACCUCUCUUCUGCUUCCUACAGAGAAGCACUGCAUAAUGGAACAGAAUUGUUUCCACAUAUAUUCAGUUCGUGGGUGCCCUUCGAUAAAUACCACUCACCUGGGUGCUGGGUCACCGUUGUCAUUCAUAUCUUGUUCUGUACCCUUGGAGCUAUCAUCAUGAGCGCGUUUGAUACGUGUGUGCUCUCUGUGCUUAUUUUCUUCGGAGGGAAACUGGAUUUAUUAAAGGAGAGAUGUAAGCAAAUCUUUGAUGACGCCAAUGAUGAAGAGGAAAUACUGAAACGGGUUAAAAAAAUACACGAAGAUCAUGUAAUGCUGAUGAAAUAUUCGAGACUGUUCGAUUCGCUUUUGUCACCGGUGAUGUUUAUUUACAUAGUAAUAUGCUCCUUGAUGCUUUGUGUUAGCGCAUUUGAGCUGACGUCUGCUACAAACACUGCACAGCUAAUUCUAACAGCAGAAUAUCUUACCUUCGGCGUGGCACAACUCUUUAUGUUUUGUUGGCACAGCCAAGACGUCCUCAUUAAGAGUUCUGAUGUAUGCAGUGGGCCUUACGAGAGUAAAUGGUAUUCGGCCAAUUUGAAGCAAAAGAAGUAUAUCCUUACACUUGCCGGCCAAUUGCGGAUUGUUCACAUAUUCAGAGCUGGGCCUUUCACUGAUUUGACGCUUCCGACAUUCAUUGCGAUUUUGAAAGGUGCAUACAGUUACUACACAUUACUGAAGUAGUUUAUUAUAGGUAUAAACCAAAAACCAAAAAUCGUAGAAG